UUAAAAAAAAUAAAAAUAAAUUAAAAUUUAUGUUUGAAAUUCAAAUUCCAUAAAAUUCUAUCCAUCACAUUUCGAAUGAAAACUAAUCUCUUCAAUCAAUAAAAUUAAACCUACAAGAAGUUUUGGAAAAAGCUUCAGAAGAGGGAAUCUUAGCUGAAGAUUAAUCAAACAAUCUAUAAUAAUCUGAAUAAAAGGAUAAAACUAAAAGUGAAUAAUGUAAUUCUGUAUAAAAAUCUAUUCACAAAUAGAAAAAUAAAAGGCAAGCAAAAGCUAAAAAGAUGCCUUGGACAGAUGAGUAAGAUUAAAAAAUAAUCGAAUUAGUAUAAGAACAUGGUCCAUAAAAAUGGACAUAUAUAGCAGAACAUAUUCCUGGAAGAAUAGGUAAAUAAUGUCGUGAGAGAUGGUAUAAUCAUUUAAAUCCUGAAAUAAAUAAGUUUCCUUGGUAGAAAGAUGAAGAAUGGAUAUUAUUUUUAUGUCAUAGACAUUUUGGAAAUAAAUGGGCUUAUAUAACAAGAUAUUUAAGAGGAAGAACCGAUAAUGCUAUAAAGAACCAUUGGAACUCUUCGAUGAAGAAACGAAUUCCUGAGUUUAUGAAUAGAUAUAAAGAUUUGAAAGAAAAAAAUGAGAAAAUAUAAUACUCUAUUUCUGAAUAAUUUAAACAAUAAGAAAUAAAAAUAAUGAAAUUUUUAGAAAAUGAUAAGCUUUUGGAAUAAAAAGACUAGUAAGAAAAGUAAGAAAUUACAGUAAAGAAAAAAAUUAGUAAGAAAAUUUAUAAAAGUAGUAAGAAAAACAAUCAUUUUAUUACUCCUAAAGAUAAUAAUAAUACCUUGAAUGAAAAUAUUGAUAAUAGU